AUGUCAAAGCAUUCAGAAUGUGAAUGGAUGUUCAAACAUUCAGAAUCUUGCAUUGUGGGUCUGGCAAAGAACGCUAUUCUGCCACAACUUUACCACAAAGUCCAAUCUAGUCCAAUCACACACACUUUUGCCUACAUAAUAGAUAUAUCAGAUCAUAAAAUGGCAUCAGAAGUAUUCAAUACCAGUGGAUCGAUAGGUGCUAUGCCCAAGAGAGUGAUUAUGCAAGCCGACUAUUUCUGGGAGCAGGACACUGCCACCGCUACUGCUGCUGUCACCACUGGACCUGGAUCCCAAAUCGGGACAACGUUGAGCGGGGUGGCGCAAGGCCUGCUGAAUGCAGCAACAGAGACUGUUCCGAAGAAGGUGGACUGUCACAAACAGAGUGUAACCCAUAGUACACAUGCAACCCUCCAGAGCUCCAACACGCAGCGAGUCACUUGGUUUUGGACCCGAGUUGGACAGACAACUGCCUGCAUAACUAUAUUCGACAAGAUGGUUCUCAGAGAGAGUGUCUCGAAAGUGUUGGAUGCCAUUUUAAAGAAUCAUCGCCACAAUGCUGAUUACCUACUGCCAGUCUCAGUCUCUCCGCAGCAUAAACCCACGGGCAUCGCAACUAAUGGUGAGACAGAAGAGUGUGCUGAAACCUGGGGCGCCAUUACAAAGGGCAAGAUGACUGUGUUCUUUACUUCAAAUGGCGUCAUUGAGUGGCUCGUCUAUGAAGGUGAUUUCAAUGUGCUUCUUACGGUUAUCCUCAUACGCUCUUUCCUCUCUCCCACAUUCUACUCCAUCUCAGUCCAGUCACUCCUUGGCUCGCCGGCAGAGAAUGCCAGAGCUAAGCUGAUUUCUAUGGGCUAUGAUGCGGGGUCAUUUUGGGAGCAGAGUAUCGUAUGGGGACACCAUGAUUCAUUUCGAGGUCCUGCUGGCAUGAAGAAACUUCAUGAUAUCAGUGCAAGCCCAAGUAAACAUGGGACAUUACGCAUGAGGCACUUUGAUGUUGAGCCGCAAAUACUACUAGAUUCAGGGACAGAACUACGCCCAGAGCCAGAGCUCAAAACUAUUUACAUAGUCGUAAUGGGUGUUACCAGCAGUGGAAAGACAAUGUUCAUCAACACUGCAUCUGGCUUGAAAUUGAGAGUUGGCAUGGGGCUUGAGAGCUGUACAAACAAAGUACAGAUGUCGCAGGCAUUCUUGCUGGACAGAACUCAUGUCAUUCUCGUCGAUACGCCUAGCUUCAAUGACAUGACGAAGAGCAGCACAGAUGUGCUGAAGAUGAUUUCUUUUUACCUGCAGACUAUGCACAAGCAAGAUAAGCUUCUGUCUGGUGUCAUAUACAUGCACCGAAUCUCGACACCGUCACAUCAUCGAAUUCCACAGCUGGCUGAAAACCUGUUGAGAAUCUUGUGUUCUUACUCGGGUCUCUUAGAUACCAUCACAUUGCUCCUCUGUACCACCCUUGGAAAUCCACAUGUUUCCCACCAUUAUCCUGACGGGUUUCCAGUUCUCUUACUAUUUGACAUUGUGUGGUUGAGUACCCUGAGCACGUUAUUUUCUUUGGUAUUCGAGGAACUCAAUCGCAGCACUGGCCUGGUAACCCUGCUGCUUCUGCUCACACAAGAAUCAAUUAGGCAUAUUGGUAGUGCUAGGAGGACUUGGAUAAUAAUGUCAUUGGCUACUGGUGGCCCCGAAUUGAAUCAGAAUCAUGACACCAAUGGCAUCACAAGGUUCCCGCUGUUGGCCGAUUACGAAACAGGAUGGUCAACGCUGAGAGACAGUAUCCAUGGAACCGCCUUCUUCGCCUUCAUCAACCAUAACUGCGCUCUCGCAUGA